GUUUGGGAGAUGCUCCUGUCCAUUCUCUUCAAUGUCAGCAUCAUAUCAGUGACCUUUGACCCCUGCGAGUAUUUCCUAUUCUGCGGAGGUAGCGAUGGCAAUAUUUUUCAGGUGUCUCUCUGCAGCACGGUUCUGUUACCAAUGCGACUAUCAUCCCAGCACCUGCCAACAUGUUCCUUGUUGACAGUCAUCCAGCCGUCCCACUGCCACGCUUCAGUCGCCACCUGAACCCCUCCGAGCAGGGUGACGGCACGGGCUCUGGAGGCACGUGUCUGAGACUGGGAGCCAACACACAGGAGCUGGAGGGGAUGUAUUUGGAGAAAGCAGAUGAGCUCUUCUCUCUGAUGUGUGCUGUCACAGAUAAGGGAGAAAACCCAUCUGGGUUGCUGGGAAAUUUGUCACAGCUGGAUAUGAAGGCUUGAAGAUGUGAGGCGAAAACAGCCAGCGCUUGUGUUUACCAUCGAGAGCUGUUUCCCUUUCAAGCAGAGUGCUCAUUUCAAUGCCAGCUUGUGUCCUUAUUUACAAACUUUGCUUAUUUAAUGCCAGGAGAUUUAAUGGAUUUACUGCCAUGUGUUAAGUAGAAGCCUGUCUUGUGCCCUUUCUUUGCAACAGUAAAUGUCAUGUAGUCUCCAAAUCCAUAGAUCAAUGUUUUCUGGUAAACAAAUGAGCAAAAAUAAAUAAAUAAAUGAAAACGGAAAAUGGUUAUGGAUCUGAUGUCCUUUUGCUUAGCUUACUUUCAAAUGUCAAUCGCUAGGUCCUUGUGCAGUAAAUGCAUACAGGUUAGCCCUGGAUAUGGGCAUUUUUUCACUUUAUAAAACAUUUUAAUAGACACUUUCAGAAAACAGAAAAUGUGCAAUUCAAUAUAAUUAGAAUUGUUUGAUGUUGAAAUCGAUAAAUAAGUGAUUUCAUUGCACUGUCAACUUUAUCAGCAAGUCCAUUCCCCAUUGAUUUUCUCAAAAGUUCCAUAAAGAAUUUUAAGUCUUGAACCACACCAACCAGCUCCGAAAUGAAUCAUGGCAUUGCAACAUUUGAUUCAAAGCAAAAAAAAAAAAAA